AGUGCUAGUAUUUUCUUAUUAACAUUUUCUUUCUGUCUCUGCUGACUUCCUGUCCAGAUGACACGGUGUCAGCCAGCAGUAACAUGGACAUGGAGGACCGGGUGUUCCACCUGGAGCAGAGGCUGCAGCUGCAGGAGGACGAGAUCCAGCUGCUCAAAGCAGCUCUGGCUGACGCCCUGCGCAGACUGGGCUACUGUGAGGAGCAAAGCCAGAUGAUGCAGCUAGGGGGCGUCCAUGCUCCUGGGAGGAGGCCACUGGCCACUACAGCGUCUGCAGCACCAACUAAGGUGCGUCAGCUGCUGCAGGCUCUUCCCUCUAAACCUUUAAAUAACGGCUACCCUCAACAGAAACGCCUCCUGUCUUCCCCGUGUUCUCCAAAGAAAGAGGUGCUGCAGUCUAUAAAGAGGAAGAGUAUGUCCACAGAGCGCCUCACCCUGAUCAGUCGUAGCCGAACCACGUCCUCCAGCAGCUCUGGUGGUGGAAAAGGCAAAUCUAAAGAAUGCACCUUUAAUGCAGAGGACGGCUACGUUAGGAUGUUCCUCCGUGGUCGCCCUGUCACCAUGCACAUCCCUGACGAGCAGAAAGAAAGCUACAGCCUUGACCAGAAGGUGGCGCUCCCUGCUCGCAAACUCAAACUAAAGUGGGUAUAUGGGUACCGUGGCCGGGACUGCCGCUCCAACGUCUACCUCCUGCCCACGGGAGAGAUUGUCUACUUCAAUGCCUCUGUGGUGGUGCUGUACAACACUGAGGAGCAGCAGCAGAGACACUACCUGGGCCACAACGACGACGUCAAGUGCCUGAGUGUGCAUCCUGACAUGGUCACUAUAGCAACAGGACAAGUGGCUGGAAACUCCAAAGACGGGAAGCUGCUUCCUCCUCACAUCCGUGUUUGGGAUUCUGUGAGUCUCAACACACUCCAUGUGAUCGGGAUGGGAGUGUUUGACAGAGCUGUGACCUGUGUCGCUUUCUCCAAGUCGAACGGUGGCGCCUUCCUCUGCGCUGUGGACGACUCCAAUGACCACAUGCUGUCAGUCUGGAACUGGCAGAAGGAGAAGCAGAUCGCUGACGUCAAGUGCUCCAAUGACUCUGUGCUGGCUGCCAUGUUUCAUCCCAUGGACGCCAACCUGAUCGUCACCUGUGGAAAAUCACACAUCAAUUUCUGGACCAUGGAGGGAAACACUCUGACCAAGAGACAAGGCCUGUUUGAAAAACACGAGAAACCAAAGUAUGUGCUGUGUGUGGCAUUUGCUCAGAACGGCGAUGCCAUCACAGGAGAUUCCAGCGGAAACAUCUACAUCUGGGCCAAAGGGGGUAAUCGUAUCAGUCAGGUCCUGUCCGGGGCCCACGAGGGUGGGAUCUUCUCCAUAUGUGUGCUGAAGGACGGCACCAUGGUGUCUGGAGGUGGCAAGGAUCGCAAGGUGGUUCUGUGGGACCAGGACUACAGAAAACAGACUGACAUGGAGGUCGGAGAGGCGUUUGGUCCAGUUCGGGCUCUGGCUGAAGGAAAACCAGGAGAACUUUUUAUUGGGACCACCAAGAACGCCAUCAUCAGAGCUGCUUUCCCUGAUACAUUAACACCUGUCGUACAAGGUCACACAGAUGAACUGUGGGGUCUGGAUGUCCACCCCUCCAUGGAGCAGUUUGUCACCUGCUCUCAGGACAAACAGGUUCACCUGUGGGACACCAACUCCCAUCAGCCCCUCUGGAGCAAGACUAUUGAGGAUCAGGGGAGGUCUGCAGGUUUUCAUCCCAGUGGAGCGGUUGUGGCAGUCGGGACCAUGACUGGAAGGUGGUUGGUGCUGGACACCGACACUCGGGAUCUGGUUUCUAUGCACACGGACGGCAAUGAGAUAAUUUCCAAUGUCAAGUACUCUCCAGAUGGUAACUACCUUGCCGUGGCUUCCCAUGACAACUUUGUUUACAUCUAUGCUGUGACGGAGAAUGGACGAAAGUACAGCCGCGCUGGGAAGUGCACUGGCCACUCCAGCUUUGUCACACAUUUGGACUGGUCGUCUGACAGCCAGUACAUCGUCACCAACUCAGGAGACUACGAGAUCCUCUUCUGGGAGGCAUCGAGUGGAAAACAUGUGACCAACAUGGAAACGGUGCGUAACCUUCAGUGGGCCACCUACACCUGCACCCUGUCCUUCAACACCUUCGGUGUUUGGCCGGACGGUGCCGACGGCACAGACAUAAACGCCGUGUGCAGGUCAAACGACGGAUCCCUGUUGGUCUCUGCCGAUGACUUCGGCAAAGUGCUCUUGUUCUCCUUCCCCUGCUGUCAACCAAGGGCUCCAAGCCACGAGUACGGUGGCCACAGCAGUCACGUGACCAACGUUGCCUUCCUGCAUGACGACAGUCACCUGAUCUCCACUGGUGGGAAAGACACCAGCAUCCUGCAAUGGGCGGUUGUUUAACAACAAAACCCGCAGCUUUUGAAUUCUAGCAGACAGUAAUCUCUUCCUCCUCCACCAGGGGGCAGCAACUCCUCUGUGCCUAAAUCAUAGCAUAGAAAAGCAAAAAACAACAAUUCCAGUCUCAUAACAUUAUUACAGUGAACUAAUUAUUAUUUAGCUGUUUGUAAGUGAAUGUAGAGGAAGUGAAAUCUUAAAAAAAAAAAAAACUCAGUGACCUGUGAUUUUGGUACUAACUGUGCCUAUACAUUAUUCUACAGCUCCUUUAAUGGGAAUGCCAUCAUUUUCAACAGUGUUUUCAUGUUUUAGCGACUGAGAUGCAAAUUAUAUGCACUUUUCCAUACAUGCUACACACACACUGCUAUGAUUGGAUUUUUAAUUUUAGAUUUAUUGUCAUGAGAUUUUGUUGCUUCCAGCAUCCAUUGGUGUAAACAUUAAAAUAUAAAUAUAUAUAAUAUAUGUUUUUUCAACAAACAAACAAAAAAAGCAUAAAACCAGUGGGUGAUUUAAAACAAAGAAAUGAAAAAUUAGCCUUAAAAUACUCUAAAACAAAUGGACUAAUGCUUAAAUAACACACAAGUUAAAAAUAACAAUAAUAAACUUUACAUUAUCCAGGUAGUAAAACAGCAUAGGUCAUAGGUCAUCAAUUGAAUUAGCUCCCAUCCUUAAAAUACGUUAAAAAAAAGUGAUGCAUGUUUGGAAAAACUAAUACCUGACAAAAGAUUGUUUCUUAUCCUAAAAAAUGAGUUGGAUUCCCCCUUUAAUUCCUGAAGUAUAACCUCGUUACCUUCCCAUUCUACACUUUUCCAUCAAUCCGCCUUAUCUGUGAACUGUGACGGUGCAUCUUCUAAUAUAGUAUUGCAGGCUGCUGUUGGACUACAGUAUAUGAACGGUACAAAGUGGUGUUUUGUCUCCCCUCUCUCCCCUCCCUCUCCUCCCGGCCCCUCUCUCCCCUUUCUUGUCAGCCGUGUUUCUGAUUGUACUACUGCUGUAACCGUGCCGAGUAGGCACUAGAGGGCGCUACUAUUCAAAAGAAUGAGCAUGACUGAGGCUGCACUCCUACUGUUGAUGCUGACAAUAACGACAGGUGUCUGAGUAGAUAUGAAUAUAUUAUGCACUAUAUCCACGUGGCUGUGUUAAUUUAAUAUUUAACUAAGAGAACCGACGUCGUCGUGACUCACAGAAGGAUAUCGUAGAGUCUGUGUUAUAGAAAUGAGCUUGAACUGUGCUUUGCCUUCUGAUUUGUGUUAAUAAAGUUUUUACCCAACUA